AGGGAACGGUGGUGGACGUUUGGCGCAUGCUCAAACAGAUCAGGCAGUGAGAGUGACGCCAUCGAGACGCCAUAUUGGAAAGACUAGGUCCCCUUCAGAGGCAGCUGCCCUAACCCCUCUACCACCGUGCUGCAAACAAGGCCUGCGAUGAGGUGGCGACUUGACCAGGGUGAACCCCGCCUACUGCCCGAAUGCAGCUGAGAUAAGCUCCAGCGACCCCAAAAGGGACAAGCGGUAGAAAAUGGAUGGAUGGAUGGUUGCACACAAGGCCACAAAACAAAAGAGUUGCCAGAUCCUCCCCAGCUCGGUGGCCGCAGGCGAGCAUCCUCUCCCCAAACCCCCCCCCUCCCCGCCAGGAUCCCUGUCCCCGUGCGAGCCAGGCCUGGAGAUGUGGCGCGGGGCGGCGCCGCUGGCCGUGGCGCUGGCGCUGCUGUGGACCCACUGCGUCCUGGACGGCGCGCAGGCCAAGAAGGAGAGAAAGAGGCCCAAGGAGACCACGCCGCAGCACACCGAGACACAGAACCUGACCCUGUCCAACAGCGAGGAGGAGUCCGGGAUCCUUAAGCUUGCUGAGCAGAAGAGAGUCGACCCGCUGGGAUCCUGGAUGGACUUUGUCAAAAGACCCGUGGGCAACUUCCCGGCCAAGUGUCGCAAACGGAAAAGACCUUUGCCCGGCCCAGCUGGUCCUCCUGGUCCUGCAGGCCCGCAAGGCCCACCCGGCUCGCCCGGAGCUGAGGUCACCCAAGAGGUUCUUCUGCAGGAGUUCAAAGAGAUGAUAAAAGAGGCGACGGAGAGACGGGCCGCGUCUUUGGACCGACAAGUCGUGUCCGGCCAGCUCCCCGUUCCUCUCCUCACGCUACAGGAGGACCUGACCCACUACCGCAGGAUCCAGGAGGCCUUCCACUGCAAGCUCAAAGGACCCGUGCUGGUGGACAAGAAGACUCUGAUGGAGCUCCCAAACUUCCAGACGCCGCUGGCCAAGGGAGCCUUCCUCAGAGGGUCCGGCAUGGACCAGUCGACGGGCAGAUUCACGGCCCCCGUCACAGGGAUCUACCAGUUCUCCGCCAACCUCCACGUCGACCACAGCGAGGUGAAGAGAAGCAAGAGCCAACUGAAGGCCCGGGACAACAUCCGAGUUCUGGUCUGCAUCGAGUCGCAGUGCCACAGAUACACCUCGUUGGAGACGAUCGUGGGUUUGGAAAGUAACAGCAGGGUCUUCAGCGUGGGUGUCCAAGGACUCCUGGAGCUCCAGGCCGGCCAGUACACCUCCAUUUUCCUGGACAACGCCGCCGGCGCCGCCGUCACGGUCCAGAGCGGCUCCGACUUUACGGGCGUGCUCCUGGGCGUGUAGCCUCACGCGGCGGCCGCUGUCGCCGCUUCCCCAUGAACUGUUCACCGGCGAGCGAGGCCGAGUGAGUCCGAGCUGACGGCGUUGUCCUCAGGUGCGGCGUGGAGGGGGCGGAGCUUAAGGGAGUUAUUGUGGAGGAACUCUUGAGCGGCGUAAUGAGACGUUGUGCUUGUACUACUCAUAGAACAUACAGUAGAAGCAAAGGACCUAGGAUUCAUAUUUCUGUCUUUUAGCUCAUCUUUGACAACACUGCAUCGCUUUAUAGCCACCGGUUGUCAUGGCAACAUGCUCAUACUGUACAUAAAUACUGUGCGCCGUCACUUCCUGAGAGUCAGCGUCCACUUCAGUGGAUAUUUGUGUUUAGAAUGAAAAUUCACCAUAUACACACACACAUAUAUACAUAUAUAUAUAUAUAUAUAUAUAUACAUACAUACCCACAUACAUAUAUAUAUAUGUGUGCAUUUAUAUGUAUAUAUAUAUAUAUAUAUAUAUAUAUAUAUAUGUGUGCAUAUAUAAAAUCUCCUGAUGAUUGAGGGAUCCCCUCAUGAAACAGUUCUGUAGAGAUGAAGUAGUCUUGUGAUUUUUCCCACACUUACAUAUUGCGCUCUACCACGGUAUCGAGCACUAUUCUCUGGAUAAUCCAAUCAAGACAUAUAUAUAUAUAUAUAU